CGCUUCACCUUCUCUCACCUAACUCCACCAAUCGAACCAAUCUCUCUCCUCUCACUCUCUCUCUCUCAUCUUUGUAGAAUACGAAGAAGAAGAAAGAUUGAAGUGAUAAUUACAACCCACCAACUAAAACCAUUUCUUCAAUUCAACUCUACGCGUCGCGUAGUACCCAAAAGUUUUAAUCUUUUGAGCUUCCCCAUUAUUUCCCAACAGAAUCAUUGAUUACGCAUCACUAAUCCAUUUUUUUUAUAUAGGUUUUCUCCUUUUCCCUGAAAAUUCACAUUAAAGAUUUGGUUCUUUAUAGCCUUUGAUUUUGACCUCCAUCACUGUUCUUUCCCUUGAGAGUACCCAUCACUCCAAGAUUUGAUUUUUUUGGAUUAUCCUUGACUAGAGAGAGAGAGAAGAUGGCGAAAGUACUAAAAUCUAGCCAAUCAUGUCAUUUCCCUUCACCUUCAAGCUCAUCUUCUACAUCAUGCGGCGGCAAUGAUCGUAACAGAGACCCACAUUCUCUUUUUAACGUUUCUCGCGAGGAAGAGGAAGAAGGAGAAGAAGAGAGAAGCGAGCAAGAGAGCGAAAGAUUCGAGCUUUCAUCUGCGUUGGAGAUUCUUGUUUCUGCGAUCAGAAGGUCUGUGAUUGGUGGGUGUGUUGGCGAAGAGGAUCUUUGUUCAAUGGAGAUUGGUGUGCCCACAGAUGUUAGACAUGUCGCACAUGUCACCUUUGAUCGUUUCCAUGGCUUCCUUGGCUUGCCUGUUGAGUUUGAACCUGAAGUCCCAAGACGAGCUCCUAGUGCAAGUGCAACCGUGUUUGGAGUCUCAACUGAGUCAAUGCAGCUAUCUUAUGAUACUAGAGGGAACAUUGUGCCUACGAUACUCUUGAUGAUGCAGAGUCACUUGUACAGUAGAGGCGGAUUGCGGGUAGAAGGAAUUUUCAGGAUCAAUGGUGAGAAUGCUCAAGAGGAGUACAUAAGAGAGGAGUUGAAUAAAGGUGUUAUACCGGAUAACAUCGAUGUCCAUUGCUUGGCAAGUCUCAUUAAGGCUUGGUUUAGGGAACUACCGAGUGGUGUGCUGGAUUCGCUCUCACCAGAGCAAGUAAUGGAAUCUGAAAGUGAAGAUGAGUGUGUGGAUCUUGUAAGGCUUCUUCCUUCAACGGAAGCUUCUUUGUUAGAUUGGGCUAUCAAUUUGAUGGCUGAUGUUGUGGAGAUGGAGCAUCUUAACAAGAUGAAUGCUCGCAAUAUCGCAAUGGUUUUCGCACCUAACAUGACUCAGAUGUUGGAUCCCUUAACAGCUCUAAUGUAUGCUGUGCAAGUCAUGAACUUUCUUAAGACACUAAUUGUAAAGGCGCUUAAAGAUCGUAAAGAAUCUCGAGAUAGGUUGAUUCCGGCCUCAAAUCCGGGCCCUCGGGACCAUAAUGGUGAUCAGAGCAGAAGCAGACAGUUGUUGCAUCUCAUGAAAGCUAACAAGGAGGAAGCUUUAGAGAACUUUGAGGCAGAAAUGAAAGACAAAGAAGAGUCUGCAGAAGAAGAGGAAGAAGAAUCUCGAGAACUUAUUGGCAUAAAGUCAUCACUGGUUAAAAGCUGUCAAUAUAGUAACGAUGGAGGUUUUGGACAGAAACAGAAUGAUUGGAAAGAGCAGAGGAAGAAGACGACAAUGUCGAAUGCUAGUAGUAUUGUGGGACGUGUGAAUUACAGAGUUGAGCUGUUCGAAGCUUGGCGAUGAAAAUUGAUUUCAAUUCUUGAUGUUUUUGAUCCAACUUUUGAAUAUUCUUGAUAAUUUUGGUUUUGUCAUUUUGUGGGGAUGGAUAUGCUUUUGAUAAUGGUUGCUUGUAUAUCAAGAAAUGCUACAUUA